UAACUGGGACUCUUUCAAUUCUUAGUCGAAAUUCAAUUUGUGGCAAAUGAGCACCUCUCUCAUCUAUCUAGAUUUUAAAAACUUCAAUUUUAUUUUAUAAAUUUCUUUUGGAUUUUUAAUGAUUUAAGUUUUAGAUAACUGAUACGUGGUAACUUUUAAAAGUAAAACAGGAUCUUACGAUGUCAAAAACUUACAAUUCCGUCCACGUGGAUAACGUGUGUUUUACGAAGCACCACCAGGGUCAGUGGUCACGCUUUCAGAUCCUGGCCUGGAUUACCUCCGAGUUAAACACGCAUCUCUAUAAAAUUGAAGAUCUCGGCACCGGUGCCAUUUAUUGCUGCCUCAUGGAGAAGUUAUUUCCGGGUAUCAUAGAUAUGCCGAAAGUGAAAUGCAAGCUAAUCAGGAGUACGAGUUCUUGUAUAACUUUCGACUCGUACAGAAUGCCUUUGACCAGGUUCAGGUGGCAACACAAAUACCAAUGGCCGAUCUUGUUAAGAGGCGCCUCUGUGAUAAUCUGGAAUUUGGUUGCUGGUUUAGGCGACUCUACGAAAGGAACUAUAAAAAGCUUGUCCGGCAUGGAUACGAUCCUGUGGCCGCUCGCGGUAAUCAGUUCAUCGGAUUGGGUCCUUACCGAGCUCCCACAAAGAACGAGUGCAGGUUAUGCGGGCUCAUCGCCGUUCUGUCCGGGUCUUCCAUAAUCGGGAUAUGGUUCCGCUGCCGGAUCACUCUGCAGGAUCCAAGAUCGGUGAAGGUGACCAGCUCGGGGUUGAGGGAUCAACAAAAUAGGCAAAAUAAUUUGUGUAAAAAAAAUUGUAUAAACUGAAACUGAAGUGACUUU